CCCAAUGACAGCUCUCAUCUCCAGAAGCAAGAGACAAAGGGGCUAGUCAGACCAUGAAAAUAGAUACACAAGGAAAUAGUUGCCUGAUUUUCAUUCAUCGAUGUCUGCUGUGGAUUUGCUGUUUGCAAAGAGAUGAUGACAAUACAAGUACAACCAACAACGUCUCCCAGAGGGGGAGAAAUGAUGACUUCCAUUUACUGGAAGAAAAACAAAGAAUAUUUGAGCGGUUAUGCAUGGUGAGCACUGGCUGCUGGAGUAUGGAGGAUAUACAAGAAGCUGUUUCCUCUUGCCCGGACUACACAUCUGCUCUCCAAUACCUAUCACACGAGUGCCAGAUAUGCAGGGAACAAUUCCCAUAUUCAAAGUUUGUGAAGAUGACACACUGCAAUUGUUCCUUCUGUGAGCUGUGUUUCAUUCACCACUUCUCCUCUGUGAUCAAAGAGAAGAGUGUCAUAAACUUUAUGUGUCCGAUCUGCAAGAAGCCGGAGCUGGGGAAUGAGGGCAACGCAGAAGAAUCCAUGGAGUUUUUCAGCUUAUUGGAUACACAGAUCCAUCACUAUCUUGACCAAGAAACCUAUGAAUUAUUUCAAAGAAAACUGAGAGACAGAGCAUUACUGAAGAUGCCCAAUUUCCGCUGGUGUAGCCAUUGCUCAUUUGGCAUUGUGCAUGAAGUAGACACAUUAAAAAUGGAUUGUCCAGCCUGCAAUAAAAGCACCUGUUUCAGCUGCAAAGAGCAAUGGGAGGACGCACAUGAAAAUCUAAGGUGUGAAGAGUUUAGACUGUUAAAGCUGCAGCACCAACCACAGGAACUGGACACCUAUCUUUUGGAGCAUGGGAUUGAUUGCCCAUCUUGUACAUUUCGAUUUGACUUGUGGAAAGGUGGAUGUCUACACUUCAAGUGCACGCAGUGUCAGUAUGAAUUCUGUGGUGGCUGCGGACAACCGUUUCACCAGGGAUCUGGGUGUAACUUCUCAGAUGAAUGUCAUGCGAAGGGAUUAAACGCUCAUCACACUCGUGACUGUUUCUAUUACUUGAGGGACUGGGACAUAGAAAGACUUCAGCAGCUGCUGCAGGAAAGUGGAAUAAAGUACAAGAGUGAUCUCAACAGAGAGCCGCCAGGCCCACUGGAAGGAACCCUUAGUUCAGAGAAGAAGAGUCACGAUGACCAGACAGGACAGAAAGACGAUAAUAGUGUCAAUAAUGUGGACAAAAAAGAAUUCUUAGUGAGAAUAAUAAAGUCUAAUUGCCUGGAUCCGGCCGAUCUGUACACCGAGGAAGAAAUGGAAGUAGAACUUCGGCGAUGGCACGUAACCAUUCCAGAAAAUAGCGAAGACUAUAGUAAGGAAACACAUCUGCAGAAAAUGAAAAUGAUAUUAAAGAAAGAAAUACCUCUGUCCCUGUAUCCAGAUUAAUACGGAGAGUUCUCAUAAAGCGAAAACGUAAUAUUUAAAAGUAUAACUAGCAGUAGCGAAUUUGCUGUUGACUGACAAGGGGACGGUCUAUCAUCUACUUGACUUAAAUAUAAAAACACAUUACUAAAGAAGCAGCACAAUAACACCAUUGCAGGCAAGAAGUAAUAAAUGCUGUAUGUAUCCAUGCGGGAGAGAUCUGCAUACACAAGGACAGAGGACUGAAAUUCCAGGGAAUUAGCUACUGACGCAUUUCGCUCACCAUCAUACAUUUUCACAUUUCUAAUUUUUACUAAUGUGUCACAGUUAAACAAGAAUUGUGUAUUCAGAGAACCCUAUUGAAGACUACUGGACCAGGCUUGGUAACACUAUAGUACAGAUAUCUUUAGUCUGGAAUACAGUACCCGGCAGACACACAAAUGGUCUACCUCCAUAAUGUAGAGUUUUAAAAAGGUACAUGAACUUAGGUUAAAAACGCCAGGCUCUGAAGACAUGAAAGGGAUAUACAUAAAUCUGCAUAUAGGCAUACUUAGGACUUAAGCGCAAUGGACACACAUUAUUGUAAAUGUGCAGGAAACUGUAGCAAACUCAUCGCUAAUCACUCGCCUUGCAAGUAGCUGCAAAAGAAAAGUAUAAUCAAACUGUAUUGAAGCCAUGAAGUCAAGUGUAACCAAAGGUGUAAUCUCUGUAUGCAUUGUAUGAAACAGGAAAUAUGGAGGACAGUGUUAAGAGCAAAAUUAUAGGCAAUUAUAGUGCAGCCAUUUUCACUAUUGUAUCCUAUAGAUUGUCUAGGAGUGGGUGCAAGAAGACAAGGCAACCAUUCCCAAUCACUAGCUAUUUCACUAAAGCCUUGCAGCCUUUGUACUCAUAUUUGUUUAUCAUAUACAGUAAAGGGGGGUACACACGGAGAGAUCAGUGCUUAAAUUGUAAGCAAUAUGACUAGAUUACUUAGAAGUUAAGCACGGAUCUCUCCUUGUGUACCCCCCACAGCGAUAGAGAUGCGCUGCCCCGUGCGUCCCUAUCGCCGGUGCUAGAUUGGCCUGCAUGCAGGCACAAUCUAGCAGGUCGCUCAUUUCACCGCUGGGUGAAAUGAGCUGCACCCCCCUUGCUCAGCACAGAUGUGUGCUGAGCGGUCACUGAUAGAUUGCUCCGCACAAAUCUCUCCCCGUGUGUACGGGGCUUAAGUAGUACUUGGUACUGCAUAACAAUACUAUAGCAGCACCACAAUGCUCCCUUGUCAACAGUAUACUUUAGAAGUGAAUGUAACACCUAGGAAAAGGAGUGUGGAGAUGAAAACAGAAACCACAUGGUGAAUCUCUGCAUUCUGAUUGGCUAGUUUGUUUUGGUAUUCGAUUUUUUUGUAACAUUCAGUUCUGGGGAGUUUUAAGAUUCUGCUAAUUAGAAUGAAGUACAAGAAGGAAACAUUUAAAAAAAUGUAGGGUGAAGACAGCAACUCGCUAACAAUGCAAAAUUUAACAUAAGUUACAGCAGAAACGUGUGUACCUGUAUUUACUUGAACACUAAAAUAAGUAUUUAUUUGUAACAUGUUACAUAUUAUACUACCGGUAUUUCUAUAUUGUACAAAAUAUAACUAUGUAAGUUGUUGGUCUCUAUGUCUGAACAUCUGGUAAACACAAAAUAAACUUGU